AUGACUAAAGGGAACAACUUCAAUACAGCGGCUGUGCAAGUAGCCUUAAGAAUAAGGCCACUAACAGAUUCCGAUCGAAAGCAACCACGAUUUGCGAAUCUUGCAGACGAUGAUGUCUUGAAAUCUUUUGAUAAAACAGUCAAAGUCCUUCCAUCAAAUAAACUUUUCACUUUUGACCAUAUAUUUGGACCCACAAGUACCCAGGAAGAUGUAUUUUUUUCUAUAGGUGAAAAUUUAAUACAUAAAUUUGUGGAAGGCAAGUUCAAAGACAGAAUAGGAGUCAAAUACAGAAUGAUUAAACUCACGAAUUAUGAUAGGUUACAAUAUCACCAUACUAGCUUAUGUAAUGAAGCAGGCUUAGGCCAAACAUCAUCCGGAAAGACUUAUACUAUGGGCACAGCCUCAACAGAAUCGAGUGUGAGCUCUAAAGAUGAAGGAAUUGUACCACGAUCAAUGGCCCUACUCUUCGACUUACUAUACAAGAAUAACGGACAGUCAAAGCGACCGAUAUCACCUGCACCAUCUGUAUCGUCUUCAACUUCUACUUCAAAUAAAAGUAAUCGGUCAAAAUCAUUAAAAAUCAGAAGUGGUGGCAGUAGUCAUAUUCCAAGUCCCAACACUACUUACCAGAAAUCAGCAAUCCACUACGAUGAACAGAGUAGUACACGGUAUACGGUCAAGGUGUCAUUUGUAGAAAUAUAUAAUGAAGAGUUGCAUGAUUUACUAAACACAGCACCUGUGCAUGAACUACCUACAAUUACCAUACGUGAAGACACGAAGGGCAAAAUAUACUGGACUGGCGUGAAGGAAAUGACGAUUCAUAGUGCAGAUGAUGCUCUAUACUAUCUUGAGCAAGGCACUCAAACCCGUGCAACAGGUGCAACAGAUAUGAACGAAAAGUCCUCGAGAUCUCAUGCCAUAUUUUCAGUCUCAUUAAAACAGGAGAAAUGGGUUCCAGUAGACACCCAACAAAAGUUGAGAUCAACUAGUGCUCUUAAUUUACGAUCAACUACUCCCUCACCCAUUCAUAACCGACAUGCAUCCAAUCUCAAUUUAAACUUGAGUCAGGCACAAACGCAAGAAGAAGGCGAAUGGCUAAUAACAACUUCAAAAUUCCAUUUUGUAGAUUUAGCUGGCAGUGAAAGAUUGAAACGAACAGCUGCAGAAGGCGAUAGACGAAAAGAAGGCAUCAAUAUCAAUGCAGGCUUAUUGGCAUUGGGAAACGUUAUAUCUGCUUUGGGUGAUCCAUCAAAAAAAUCAUCACAUGUCCCUUAUCGUGAUUCCAAAUUGACUCGACUUCUUCAAGAUUCCCUGGGUGGUAACGCUACGACACUUAUGAUUGCAUGCGUCAGUGCUGCUGAAUACAAUUUACCAGAAACAUUGAAUACUCUUCAAUACGCAAAUCGUGCUCGCAAUAUUAAGAAUCGGUCAGAAAGGAAUCAAAUGGAGGAGUGGAUGCUGACAGAGAAUACUGAAAUACUUAGAGCCAUGAUAAAAAAAUUGAAAAAUGAACUUCAAUACUUAAAAUUGCAGAAUUCUGACAACAAGAUACAAGCUAUUACUUCUCACCAGGAUCAGCAAACUGGAGAUGACUUUUCAACCGAAGAGGAGAGUUCAUCUUUGGAAGACCUGUACCAGGACCAACAACGCUUAAUAUCUGAUUUGCAAAGGCAAGUCGAAGAAUUGGAUAGGGAGGCUACAAUAACGCGUGAGCGCAAUCACUUUGUUGAGAAAGAAUUGCAGCGUAUGCAGUUCCAUGAAGCCAUGCUACAACAGCAGAGAAAACAGCAGCAGUUUACUAAAGAGGAUGACAACGGUAGAAAAGGCAUGGAGUUUCAACAUUUAGUAGAACCAGUCAUUGAAGAGUACGAAAAAAGUGUAUCAAAACUAGAAUCACAACUGGCCAUGAUGAAGGCUGCUUUGAAUCAUUCUAAUAUGACAUAUGAGGAGCAACAGAACGAAAUCAGCAACUUUGAUUCUAUCACCACACAACAGGAAGAGACUAUUAGCAAGCUUCGCCUUCGUCUGAAUAAAAUAUUAGAAAGGGAACAAACAAACGAGGCGUAUAUCCAGGAAUUAGAAGCAAAGCUUGCACUGUCAGUAAAAGAAUCUAAUAAAGAUCAAGAAAUGCUCACAGACUUACGGAAUCGUAUUUUGAAGUUCAAAGAGUCUGAUGAGAACACAGAACAAUAUAUCUCAGACUUGGAACAGCGCCUCACAUUUGCUGAUAACGAACGUCUUCGCCUUCAAGGGCAUCUUGAAAAAUUAGAGGCGGCAUUGAUUUCCAAAGAGCGUAAAAAUGUCGACUUGUCCAAACAGAUCAUAAAGAUUAAUGCGGACAAUGCAAGUACAAUGAAGUCAAUAUUAAAAGAAUUAGACAUUGUAAAGGGAAAAUAUAAUGAAUUAGAGAAUGAACGCAUGACAUGGAAGGAAAAGCAAGAUGCUUUUCAACAGAAAUAUACUACUUUGCAGAAUCAGCAGCAAGAUAGAUCUGGACGCAAGCAAAUUAGUUUGGUGACGUCUAACAGCAUUGAUACUCUUUCCUCCGAAGAUUAUACUAAUGAGCUUCCUAAAGAUGUGGCAAUAAUUUCAAAGAAAGCACAGCAUCGGAAGAGUUUAGCAGAAGAAACAGAAAUGGCCACUUCUAUAUUAUCAUCACAGUUUACAAAAAGUGAAGCCCGUCCGAAAGAGGAAGUUGUGCAAAGCAAUCAAUUAGAGACUAUCCUGAACAGUUCAAUACAUGAUCAUAUAGACGCUUCAAAUGAGUUAGAGAAAGUGUCGCUGCAACACCAAGAAACUGUUGAUCAGCUGGAUUUACUACAAACCAGCGAUAUUAUACCCAAAGCAGCGACUACUGUGAAUAGAAAUUGUGUGCAAGCUAGUCAGUCCAAUUCCGCUCCUCCAAAAAAAGAAUUAUCUGAAGUCCCAAACGGUUCAGACCUGAUUACCUCAAAUCACGAACCUAAAUCGGAUAACGAAAUACUGCGUCUUCAGAGACAACUUGAUCAAUGUAAUCGAACAAUCUCAGAUAAAGACAUAAAAAUCAUACAGUUAAGCAAGGAUUAUGAAAAACUCCAAGAGGAGUUAUUGGUUGCUUAUAACCUCAAAGCAAAACUGGAGCAAUUUGUGGAAGAUGCAAAUAAGUUGGAUAACGUCGAAACCAGCGACAUCCAGUCAUUAACAUACAAUAUUAACAGUGAGGAAAAUGAGGAGCAAUUACUUCAGUUGAUCAAAGUUUAUGAAAAACUGCAAGGAAGAUUAAAAACAGCAUUACUUGAAACUCACAGUAAAGACAGCAGUAUUGAAGAAUUGAAAGAUUUACUCGUACAAAAAGACAACGAAAUACACCAAUUGAAUGGUCAAAUAAGCGCUUCAAACGAGCAGUCUGCCGUGCUACACAAACGUUUAUCGGAGUCUCUUGCUUCAUUAACAAUGAUGAAAUUGUCAAGCGAAGAACUUCAAAAACGUCUGAUAAUGUCAGAGCAGAAUGAUGUCCGGCUCAAAGAACUAGAAACCGAGAAUAUAAAAAAUAUCGAAAAAUUAGAGAAAAGGCAUACCGAAGAGUUGAACGCUUUAACAAAGAAGUUUGAAACCGAUAGAAGUAUUGUCCAAGUUGAGCUGCAGAACAGGCUCUCUGACGUACAAAACUUGCUCGCUGUAUGCAGAGUGGAUCAAGAAGCCGCUGUAAGAGAAACCCCAUUACCAGAAAAGCAAUUUAGACACGUAAUUAAAGCAUCGGCAGCAACAGAACAAGAAUUAAUCAUAAAAUUACAACAGCUGAUCGAUAAUUGCAAACAGGCAUUUGAAAUGGAACGCAAUUCUUUCCAACAAUGUAUUAGUAAACUUGAAGAGGAACUAAAAGACUCAAGAAGCUUACAAGCUAAGGCCCUCGUUCAGCAUACCAAUGAAGCGGAAGAAUUGAAAAAAAAAUCGGACAAGGUGAACAAAAUGUUGGAAGAGCAAGCCGUCGAACUUUCCAAACAAGUUGAAAGAUCGGAAGUUUCGCUUGAAUAUGUCCAACCAGGACAUGAAAAAGCUGUACAAGAACCUUCCAAACCAAAUGAGGUUGCUAUUGAAGAGUUAGAAAACCAGAUUUCAUCCCUUGAAAGCGAAUUGGAAGCCUCCAAGGACAUCAAUGAUGAACUAAUCAAAAGCCAUAAGCAGCGUGUUGAGGAAGCUGUUGCUGCUGUUCGAAGAGAAGAAAAUGAAAUUUUAAAAAAUGAAUUCAAUAAUCAAUUAAACGAGCAACAACGGAGAAUAGCAACAUUGCAGUCCGAACUUGAGCAAUCGAUGACGGUGAGAGAAAACCUCAUAAACGAUUAUCAAAAAUACCAGGAAAAAAUGACUGUACAGAUGAAUUAUAUCCGUCAAACAUCAGAGGCUCAAAUAUCGAAUUUGCAAGCAGAACUUCAGACGAUUAAAACACUGCAUUCAAAGCGUAUACCCAAAAAAAGUGUACAGGUUCAACAACAGCCCCAAAAUGACAUUUGCGAUGAAUGUUCACAGAACUACUAUCAAGAAUGGAGAGCUCUAAUUGGUGAAAAUGAAAGGUUGACAAACACUUUGGAUACAAUGAGAAAAGCAUACGAGCAGCAUUUUAAGAUGAUUUACCAUAAUCCGGAACGAACCAAAUAUCAGGGGGAUAAUGGUGUUGAUGCCGCAAAAAUGGCACUACUUGAAUUACAAUCAGUAUUUGCCAAAAGUUUUGAAGAUUAUACCAUAAAGAAGAACGGAGGCGCAAUGACAUUGACGGAUGGCGACCAACAAGAUAGUCGAUCAGCAGUAACAGUUUCUUCGUUAAACGACAAAGAUGUAGCUAUAUAUGACGUCAAAAUGGCCUGCUCCUUCAAUGAACAUGCCACUAGUUGUAAUAAAAUAUUUUUAGAAUUAAAUGAUGACCCAGUCAGUAACAGUAAGUCGAAACAGCUUCAAAUAGCCGAAGUAACAACUUCUGGCAUUUUAACAGUCGACAAGGAUGUUGAAUCAAAAGUACUGAAGCGCGAGACAACUAACGAUGAUAUAAGCCCUACAGUGACCUUGGCCAAAAGUUUGGGUCUUGAGGACAAAGAGUGGUUUAAAGAAUUGCUUGAUCAGCUUUCUCAAUUCAAAGAAGAUAACAGAGUGUUACAGGCCCUAUGUCACGAAAAAGAGCAAAUCAUACGAAUACAACAGCAGAAAAUGGAAAACCAAGAACUCGAAUUUGAAUCUUUGUCAGUCAACUUACAAAAUAGACGAGACGAUAUUAAAGAUACAUCCACUGCAUUCAAUGAGAUCAACUGCAUGGAUCAGAGGCAAAUAUCUACUUCCCACAACAAUUCUUCAAUCAUAACCGCAUAUACUGACAAAGAGGAACUAGAGGCUUACAAAACUCAGAUAUCAAACUUAGAGAAACACGUAAACCAAUUGAUGGAAGAAAAUAUCGAGUUUGGUAGUCUUACAGACGAGCUAGGAAAAGAACUUCACGAAAUGCUGUCUCAGAACGAGAGGCUGAAGGAAUUAAUGAAGAUCAAGGAAAGUGAACUGACAUUGCACUUGUCAAAUUUAGCGGAAAUAAGAGCUCUAUUUCAGGGAACAAACAUGUCAGAUAAAUGCAUGAUAGAUCGCAUCAAAUGCUUAUUACUAGAAGAAAAGGAUAGUAAAGGACGUAAAUUAACGCGGAACAUGACAAUACAUCAUAAGCAUCAAUAUAGCAUUUCACCGCAAGAUGAAAAGCCGUCAUUCAUUAGUGAGAAACCUUUCCCCCAUCGAACAGAGAUUCAACAGCAGCAGCCUGAUGAGGUGAGAGUAAAGGAACUACAAGACCUCAAUGAAAAACAACAGAGGGACCUAAUUGACGAACGAAAGAAGCGCGAAAGGGCGGAACUAGCCAUAAAAAAACUAGAGAGACAAAUAGAUGAGCUUCUUAAUAAGAAAUCAUCCUUUUUAUGCUUUUAA